CAGCUCAGGGUGCCGCGUGUGGACAACGACUCCCAUUGUUAGGGCGGAGAGACAUGUAUCUUGUCAGUAUAUCCAUCAUCUUUGGUACAGCACAGAUGACUUAGUUCCGUAGUCAAACGGCAGAAAACAACCAACAGAACUAAACCGUCACUAGUCGGGCAGAUUGAGGGCUAAUCACGUUGGCUGUUUACGGAUGCUAUGCAUGCGUCUCUAUCUUGUGAUCCAGGUCGCUUAUUUAAAAGGAAUACUUGUUUUUUUGGGAUAAACCGUCGCGAUUUAGGGUCGUUUUCAUAUGUGCAACAACAUGUCAAAUGUUAGUCUUUCGAAUGGGAGUCCGACGGUGGAAAGGGUGGAUCCGCGCCCGACGGAUCACACGAAGCCCCAGAUUUGCAGAAAUCUUUUCGGAUCGGUGGAUCAUGACGAAUUUGGGAGGGAGUGUUUGGUUCAAAUGAAAGAGAUGGAGAAGGUUUUUAUUGACAAAUGGAAUUUUGAUUUUCUAAACGACGAGCCCCUUCCCCAGGGAGAUUAUAAAUGGGAACAGAUGAAAAGCAGUGACAUGCCAGACUUUUACAGCAGACCGUCUCAUAAGCGAGUGUGGUCCUCUGGAAAUGUGGACCAUAACGGGAAUCAUGGAGUCCGACCGAGCUGUCCUGCGAACGGGGCUGAGCUAUCCGAGAAGAGCGAGAGGCAGACGGAUUGUCACCACUCUCACAACGGGGCAAGGAAAAGACUUGCAAAUCCAGAGCCCCAAAGUACAUGUAAAAAGUUGCAUUCCAGUGAAGAGGAUGAAGUUGUGUCAAAGUCAGUAGAGCAGACACCCAGCAAAAACGAUUCCAGGACACAUGAACACUAAUACCAAGUGCUGAGAAGUCCUCCUUUUUCGUUGAAUACUGUACUUCAGGACCUGAAGAAGAGACGAGGGAUAGAAGAGAAGACAGGAUACAAAAUGGCCUGCCUUUAGGAGGGAGGGAGGCUGUGCAAGCACUGAAUAUUUACACUAAAGUUUUGGCACUCAAUUUAAUCCAAUCGCUUCAAAAGCAGAAAAUGUAGCAGUGUGCCAAAAUGUUUUUCCCUUUUUGCUCAGUUUAAUUUUUACUACCUAUGUUUCAUAUGUAGCACAUAAAACAUAAUAUUAUUAUGUUGUUAAAAUGCGUGUCUUGAAGAAUUGCUGUGCAGUUUUCAAAAAUAUAUUGUUUGUUUGUAAAAGUGGUCAUACGAUAUUCUUGUUCAGGUAUAAUUGAUAGUUAUAAAUGUAGAUUAUUUCUAAAUCAGGGUUUUUGAGAGUAUCUCAUCAAAGAAUCAGUUGUUUCUAUUGUGUGGCUUUUUGCAGUGUUCAUUGGUAGUACAUAGUUUGAAGGCCUAUUAUUCAAAAACUGGUCUUUAGGGUGGGGUCAAUUCUAUUUCAUUGAUGAAGUAAACAAAGUUUCAAAUUCCAAUUUUCCUCAAUGCUUUUCAAUGAGAGAAAAUAUUUGGAAUUUUUAUUUAUUUCCUGAAUUGACUGAAUUUGAAUGAAAUUGACCCAACGCUACACUAAGGUCAUACUGUCAAUCAGAAUGACUUAUAUGUUACAUGACCUAACUAGAUAAAAGUUGACAUGCAAAUCAUACAUUAUUAUUAAGUUUUCCUACUGCGAAAGGGAAAGAACCUGCCAAAGUUUCAACAUUUGUCUUAUUUUUAUGGAAAAAUUAUUAAAUGACUAGGGCUUAUUCAUGGCAUAGUUAGAAAUUAUUGGAAAAGGUUAGAAUAUAUGAGUUCCCAUUUUUCAGUAUUAAUUAUUAUUAUGCCGCCCUAAAAUCAGUUGGUUUCCUUUAACUUAUUUAUAAUGUGGUCCAGUUUGACCAGAGUAGCCUAUGCUCUCAGAUGUGUUGUAACCACUGGGCACUUUGCAAACAUAAAUAUGUGAAUCAACAAUUUGCCUCUUAUUGUGUGUUGAAUUCAUGUUGAGCAUGACAUGGCACUAUAUAGAUUAAAGACAAAGUUACACUGCAUGUAACUGUAUAAAAGUUUGAAGUGUAUCUUUGUAUAUUUCCUUGUAAAAAUUAUAGUAACUUAUUUUUUGUUCAGGUUUUUGUGGUUGUAUGGAUAUCCAAAGUGGCAUUUUCUGUGCAUUGUUAUGUAAAUACUUUUAAAAUGUUGUUUUUGGAUACAAAAGGUUGCAAAACUGAGCCUAAUUAAAAAUAUACCUGUAUAUUUUGUAUUGUGUCUCUGAAAAAGGCAAUCAUUUGCUAAAAAAUUAUAUUGGGUUAAAUAAAAAAUGACUUAUUAUUUUCAUAAUUGCA